AACGGCAUGUGCUUGCAAGGCCCCAGUGGCGUUCCUGGACGGGAUGGGAACCCAGGAGCCAACGGGAUCCCCGGGACGCCUGGGAUCCCGGGACGGGACGGGCUGAAGGGAGAGAAGGGCGAGUGCAUGCGCGAGAGCAUCGAGGAAUCCUGGACGCCCAACUUCAAGCAGUGUUCGUGGAGUGCACUGAAUUACGGCAUCGAUCUUGGGAAGAUAGCGGAAUGUACAUUUACAAAGAUGCGUUCGAACAGUGCUCUCCGCGUUCUUUUCAGUGGAUCGCUUCGGCUAAAAUGCAAAAAUGCUUGUUGUCAGCGCUGGUACUUUACUUUUAAUGGAGCAGAAUGUGCUGGGCCACUUCCUAUUGAAGCCAUAAUAUAUUUAGAUCAAGGAAGCCCAGAGCUGAAUUCUACUAUUAACAUACACCGAACUUCCUCAGUGGAAGGGCUGUGUGAAGGCAUCAAUGCUGGCUUGGUGGAUAUUGCCAUCUGGGUCGGGACUUGCUCAGAUUAUCCACGGGGAGACGCUUCUACUGGAUGGAAUUCAGUCUCCCGAAUCAUCAUUGAAGAACUGCCAAAAUAACUUUCCCUCCCUUUUUAUAAUCUCUGCCUAUUUUUACAUUUUUUUACAAUUUUCUUCAGAAUUUAUAGAGUUGAAUGCAAGUAUUCGACUGAACGGCACCAAACUUGCAUUUGUAGUAUUUGUCUAGCCUUUUUUUGCACAUUGCAGAGGCUUUUUGUAAUAGUCUUUUUAGAAUAUAAAUAACAAAACCAAGUUCAUUAACUUUUUUAGUUCCUUGUUUGAUGUAUGAAAAUAUACCACCACCAUUUUAAGAAUUAACUGUAACUUUUUGUAUCGAAUAAAGAAGAUCUUUUACAAAAAAAAAAAAA